AUGGAAUUUAUUCCACAAACGUGUGCUGCAACAAGCAUUGGAACAGCAAACAGCUUAUUUGGAUUACUAUUUCAAACUCUACUUGCUGCACAUUGUGCAAUAUCACCAGCAGACAAAUGGCCAAAGGAUUAUGCUCAAACAGCAUUGAAAGAUGGAUUACCAGAAUAUGACUUCAUUAUUGUCGGUGCUGGCAGUGCAGGUAGUGUUUUGGCAAAUCGUUUAACUGAGAAUAAAGACUGGAAGGUACCGGCAAGUUAUUAUUUAAUGCAAAAAACACAAUAUGACUGGCAAUAUUAUAUGGAAAAAACUGAUAAAGCAUGUCUGGGAAUGCCGGAUGGUUGUUAUUGGCCACGAGGAAAAUUGAUGGGUGGAACUAGUUCGAUAAAUGCGAUGUUAUAUACUCGUGGGAAUCGCGCUGAUUAUGAUGAGUGGGAAGAGUUAGGCAACAAAGGAUGGAAUUUCAGAGACCUUCUUAAGUUUUUCAAAAAAUCAGAAAACAACACAGUCGCAAAAGAAGAUCAAGAAUGGGCUGCAAUGCAUGGAGAUAAAGGUCCUAUGCAUGUCGAUUACUUUUUCAGUUUUGAUCCAAUUAAGGAUAUGAUGACAAAUGCAGCUGGUGAUAUCAAUUUAGAAUUUACAAUGGAUCCAAAUGGUGAGACACAAAUGGGAUAUUCAAUUCUUCAAGGAACAGUUAAGAAAGGAAUUCGACAAAGUGCAGCUACAUCAUUUAUUCUUCCAAUUGCUGAUCGUAAAAAUCUUCAUAUCAUUAAAAAUGCACAAGUGACAAAAGUUCUGUUGAACAAUCGUGGCUUAGCUGAAGGAGUUCAAUUCAUUGUGAACGGAAAGAAACUUAAAGCAAAAGCAACUUAUGAGACAAUUUUAUCGGCUGGUGCAAUUGGAAGUCCACAAAUUUUACUCAACUCUGGAAUCGGUCCAAAAGAACAUUUAAAGAAAGUUGGCGUUAGUGUGAAUAAAGAUGUGCAAGGUGUUGGAAAAAACCUCCAAGAUCAUCCAGUUGUCUUUGUUCCAAUAAAAUUGCAUGCUAAAUGGGCUCGAUUAAUGACAGAUGCUGAUAAAGUUGAUGACACUUAUCAUUUCCUUCAGCAUGGUGUUGGAAGCACAAGUCAUAUUGGCGUAACAGACUUGACAUUUUUCCUCAAUACACGCAACGCUUCAGCAGACAUUCCAGACAUUCAAUUACAAUUCUUCCAAUAUCGUAGGGGUGAGGAAAGUCGACUUAGAAAAACUUUGAAGAAUUACGGAUACGACGAUGAAAUAAAUCAAUCUAUACUCUCGGGAAUAUCUCGUUCUGAGCUUAUGAUGGUUAUGGUCAGGCUACUAAAGCCAAAAUCAACAGGCAAAAUUGAAUUACGUAGUAAAGAUCCACUUGAGAAGCCUUUGAUUUAUGGAAACUAUUUGGAGAAUAAUGAAGACGUAGAGACAUUAAUUCGUGGCAUAAGUAUGGUGAAAAGAUUAAUGAACGCAAAAACUUCAAAAGAGCACCAAUGUUUCUUCAUAAAAGUCAACAUCACAGGAUGUGCACACAUUGAAUUUGAUGAGCCUGGCUAUUGGGAGUGCUACAUUAGACAUAUGACAAACACUGGAUAUCAUCCAAGUGGCACAGUAAAAAUGGGACCCAAAAGUGACAAAGAUGCCGUAGUAGACGAUCAAUUAAAAGUGAGAGGUAUAAAAGGUCUUCGUGUCAUCGACGCGAGUAUAAUGCCAAAAAUUAUACGAGGGAAUUUGCAUGCACCGACUGUCAUGAUAGUAUGGAAUACAUCGACUACAUGGAACAAUUUUGCUGAGAAAUCUGAAAAAGCAAGCAAAGCGUAUGGCAAAGGAUGUUAUUGGCCGUCUGGAAAGACGUUGGGAGGAUCAAGCGCAGUAAAUGCAAUGUUAUAUGUACGUGGAAACCGUAAAGACCAUGAUUCAUGGGAUAUUGAUGAUUGGUGUUACGAGUCAGUUUUACCGUAUUACAAAAAGUCUGAGACAAAUAAGCAAGAAUGGCUUUUUGAGCUUACAGGAGACAGAUUUCACAAUAAUGAUGGUCCUUUGUCUGUUGAUGGAUUUAGCAGUAUUGAGACUAUCAAAACUGUUGCAUUUGAAGGAGUCUUUGAACUUGGAUAUAUUGAAUUAAUGGACAUAAAUGCUGAAGAAAAUAUUGGAUUUGUUCAAUCACAAGGAACAUUAAAAGAUGGUGAGAGACACAGCACAGCAAAAGCAUUUUUAAUCCCAGCAAAAGAUCGUGAAAACCUUCACAUUAUUAAAAAUGCUUUUGUUACUUCACUCGUAAUGGAAGAUAAGCAUGUAAAAGGAAUUAAUUUUGAUGUCAAUGGUCAACAUCUACAAGCAUUUGCAACAAAGGAAGUAAUUUUAUCUGCUGGGUCUGUAUCAUCUCCAAAAAUAUUGAUGUUGUCAGGAAUAGGAAGAGCUGAAGAAUUGGAAAAGUUCAACAUUCCAGUCAUUCAAAAUCUUCCUGUUGGACAAAAUCUACAAGAUCAUGUGAUGAAUAUGUUUUUCUUAUUAUAUCAUGAAUCAAAAGCUAGAGAUCAAACACCACAGGAUAUAAGUGACAUGCUAUUUUCAUUCUAUAGACAUCGAGUUGGUAAACUUACAGGAACUGGAUGUUCAGAUAUGAUUGGAUUUAUUAAUACACUCGAUAAAGAAGCUAAGUAUCCAGAUAUUCAAUAUUUGUUCAUGUGCUUCUACAAAAACAUGAUUGGAAUUGAACAAAUAUUAAGUAAUUUCGGAUAUGGUGAUGAGUAUUUAGCAGAGCUAUUCAAAAUCAAUAAGAAAACACCAAUUUUAAAAAUUGGAAAUGUUCUCCUCAACCCAAAAUCACGCGGAAGUGUUAAUUUAAGAAGUACAAAUCCAUACGACGCGCCUAUCAUUAAUGCCGGUUACUUGGAAAAUGAAGAAGAUCUCGAAACAUUAUUGAGAGGUUUGAAAGAACUACGAAGGCUAUUAGACACAAAUACAUUUAAAGAUCAUGAAGUAAAAGAAGUGAGAUUUAAUAUGCCUGAAUGUGAUGUUCAUGAAUUCGCAUCAGAUGAUUAUCUCAAGUGCUACAUUACUUACUUUUCAACAACAUUAUACCAUCCAGUUGGAACUUGCAAAAUGGGUAAUUAUAAUGAUCCAUCUACAGUCGUUGAUCCUUCAUUAAAAGUGAAAGGCAUUAAGGGACUGCGAGUUAUUGAUGCAAGUAUUAUGCCAAAAAUACCGAGUGCAAAUACGAAUGCAGCAACAAUUAUGAUUGCAGAAAAGGGAGCUGACAUAAUUAAAUCGGAUUGGAAUUGGAUUGAAAAUGAAAUUGAAGAAUGA